UGUAGUUUGGGUAGACUUCUCUAGAUGCUCUAAACCUCUGUUGAGACUAUAAUGCCACAUCUAUUCAGUUGGCAAUCUGUCGCAAAAAAUGUACGCUGGAAAAUACUUACUCCUCUGCUCUCUGCUGUUACUUGUUAUGCAGCCAUGCUUUUGUAUUGACUCCAUCACACAAAAUCAGCCUCUUAAAGAUGGUGAAUUUCUCCUCUCCCAGGGUGAAAUCUUCCAGCUUGGAUUCUUUUCUCGCGGUACCUCUGGCAACCGUUAUGUUGGUAUCUGGUAUAAUAAAAUUCCGGAAAAAAAUGUUGUCUGGGUGGCCAACAGAGAUAGUCCAAUGAGAAACACUUCUGGUGUUCUGUCUGUGGAUAAAACAGGGCAGCUUGUUUUAUUUUACAGUGAAGCGCCACAAGUUUUGAUCUGGUCAAGUAACAUUUCGUAGUCUGGAGAUAGGAAUUACUCAGCUAGGUUACUUGAUACUGGAAAUUUUGUGGUGUUUAAGGAUCAAUAUAGUGAAAAGAAUAUUUUAUGGCAAGGCUUUGAUCAUCCGACGGAUACUUUUCUUGCAGCUAUGAAGCUUGGGUGGAAUAAAAGGACGCGAGAAAAUAAGUUCAUUACUUCUUGGAAGUCACGUGACAAUCCGGAAACAGGUCAAUAUUCUUUUAGAUUAAAUGUUACUGGAUCCGCCGCCCAGUUGUACAUUUUGAAUGGUUUGACACCUGUACUAAGAGCAGGACCGUGGAAUGGCAUUACGUUUAGUGGUCUACCUGGGUAUACAGUAAGUCCUGUUAAUGACAUUUCCAGUUUGUACUAUAUUGAUAAUGAAGAAGAGAUGGCGAUAUACUAUAGUGUUAAUGAUCCUACAUUUUACACAAGACUUGUAAUUAAUGAUGAAGGCUUCGCAGAGAGGCUAAAUUGGAACACAGGAUUGCAAAAAUGGGAUGUUUUCUGGACAGGACCAAACGGUCAGUGUGAUAAGUAUGCAAAUUGUCGUGCAUUUAGUAUUUGUGACCCGAAUAAAGUGGCUGACCAAGGUUGCCAGUGUCUGCCAGGAUAUAAAGACAAGUCUGACUCGCCCACAAACACAUUUCAGGGGUGUGUGGCGAAGUCUGAGGCCCUCCUAUGUCGAAAUGGAGAAGGGUUUAUAGAGGUUCCAGGAGUUAAGGUACCGGACGCUGCAAAAGCACAAUUUGAUUUGGAUUUGGGAAUUAAUGAGUGCAAGGACUUUUGCUUAAAUAACUGCUCCUGUACAGCGUACACGAGUGCUAAUAUUAGUAGUGGUAAGGGUUGUCUAACAUGGUAUGGAGAACUCGUAGAUGUACGAUACUUCUCUGAAAGAGGCCAGGUACUCUAUUUACGGGCGGAUUCCAGCGAAUUAGCUAAGGACUCAAAGAAGCGACUCCUCGUACUUGUGCUCCCAGUACUUGUCAGUAUCUUCUUGCUCAUCCUUUUAUUGGUAUACUGGUUUUGGUGGAAGAAGAAACAAAGAGAAGGAAACCUCGAUUUUUCUCAAGGUUCUGGAAAUAGUGAGAUGUCAUUUAUGGAAGGGCACGCGGAUGUACUUGCAAUGAAUGAAAGAGGAACAGAGGUGAUCUGCUUUUCGCUUAGCACAAUGGUUGCAGCCACGGACAAUUUUUCAUUUUCUAAUAAGCUAGGAGAAGGUGGCUUUGGCACAGUAUAUAAGGGGCAACUGCAAGGCGGACAAGAAAUUGCAGUGAAAAGAUUAUCAGUUACAUCGAACCAAGGUCUAGAGGAAUUCAAAAAUGAAAUCAUUCUUAUAGCAAAACUUCAGCACAGGAAUCUAGUAAGACUGUUAGGAUAUUGCUACCAACAAGAGAAAAUGUUAAUCUACGAGUACCUGCCCAACAGAGGAUUAGAUUGCUUCAUUUUUGCAAAAACGUCGAUGCUAAACUGGCGCACCCGCUUUAAUAUUGCAAUGGGAAUUGCUCGAGGCAUGAUAUAUCUUCACCACGAUUCCAGAUUAAGAAUCAUUCACAGGGAUUUGAAAGCCAGCAACGUGUUACUCGAUGCAUCCAUGAAUCCAAAAAUAUCAGAUUUUGGAAUGGCAAGAAUAGUUGGCAGUGAUCAAAAUGAAGACACUACGAGGAGAGUUGUUGGAACAUAUGGUUACAUGGCACCUGAGUAUGCCAUGGAAGGACUUUUCUCAAUCAAAUCGGAUGUGUUCAGCUAUGGCGUUCUACUAUUAGAAAUAAUCAGUGGCAGGAGAAACACCAGUACUUUUGACGCUGGAAAAUCUGUGAAUUUAGUUGGUCAUGUCUGGGAUCGGUGGCUAGAAAGCAAACCUUUGGAAAUAGUUGAUGCAUCAUUGGCUGAAUCGUUUGAUGUUAGUGAAGUUUUAAGAUGCAUUCAUGUAGGAUUGUUGUGUGUACAAGAAUCUUCUGCUGUUAGGCCAACUAUGUCGGAGGCAGCCUCUAUGCUGUGUAACGAAAGAGCUACUCCAUCUCCCGUGGAACAGCCUGCAUUCAUAAAUAGAGCACAGGUAUAUUUUGGAACUUUGAAGUCAUCAAGUUCCUCUUCAAGAACUGGAGCUACUGCUGCUACUGAAAUGACAACAGCUAUAUCUGAAGGUCGAUAGAUUUGUGGUAACUUUAAUCAUAAAUUUUUAAUUAGUUGAAAUGGUUUGAUAGUCAUGUAAUUAUUUUUCAUUUUUCAGAAGAAGCUAUGUGAAUUUGUGACGAUAGCAAUCUAUUCGAUACAUUAAUUUCUAUGCAGUGUGAAGAAAAUUUUGUACAGUUUUA